AUGCUCGACUUUAGUGUCCUUUCCAUUCUAUCUACUCUUCCGGAUCCUAAUCCUGCGUUUGGGACCGCAUUUACCCAUAAUCAGGAAAAAAUGACCCUGGAGAGAGGCCAGGAGACAAACCCAGUGACAAAUGGAGCAUUAAAAUUAAAAUAA